AUGCUCGCUGCCCCUCGAGCUUCCCGUCCUGCCAUCUUUACUAACAGGCAGGUGUCUAGCUUCUGCUACCGGCCGUGCCGCGACAAGUACGACGAGGUUAUCCUCGAGUACUUUCGCUGUCGGUGCGGCGCGGUCCGGAAGCGUGCCCCUGGCUUGGGAUUCACGAACCUGAUGCAACACACCAGGCGCGAGCACCCCGCGGUUGCCGCGGAGAUGCUGGAAGCAACUCUCGGAGAGACUGAGUCUCUCUAUCACUAUGUCCGCCACUCCACCCAGAACACGUUCGGGCGGCUAGAGUGGAUCGUCAUGGGCAACCUGCCUCUCUUAUUCUCCAAGAACAGGCUCGCACGACGGUACACAAAUCUGGAACCCAUCUCGGUAGAGACGCUCCGGCGUUCCGUGGAAGCGGUGACUCACUCCGUCGUGCGUGUGAUCGCUGAGGAUAUCCCGGAGCGUUUCGGUACCAUCUUUGACGGGUGUAGCCAUGCCACUGAGCAUUUCAUCGCCGUCUUCGCGUGGUAUGAGGUGAACGGAGAGAUUCGCUGUCCGCUCCUUAGCAUGGCUCCACUCGUCAAUGAGGACACCGACGAUUUCGUCGGUCGCAACGCAUCGAGACUUUCUAGGCGCGAUGCUAUUGCGAGACUACAACAAGCGGCUCCACUAGUGCGUCUUACUGCUCAUUAA